AUGGAUGAAGAGACUCGGCACAGCCUUGAGUGCAUCCAGGCCAAUCAGAUCUUUCCCAGGAAGCAGCUGAUUCGGGAGGAUGAGAAUCUUCAGGUUCCUUUCCUUGAACUUCACGGAGAAAGCACAGAGUAUGUGGGCCGUGCUGAGGAUGCCAUCAUUGCCCUUUCUAAUUACAGACUUCAUAUCAAGUUCAAGGAAUCUCUUGUUAAUGUUCCGUUACAGCUUAUAGAAAGUGUUGAAUGCCGAGAUAUAUUUCAGCUUCAUUUGACUUGCAAAGACUGCAAAGUUAUCAGGUGUCAGUUUUCAACUUUUGAGCAAUGUCAAGAGUGGCUUAAGAGACUGAACAAUGCAAUCCGACCACCUGCUAAAAUAGAAGAUCUCUUCUCAUUUGCAUACCAUGCUUGGUGCAUGGAGGUUUAUGCCAGUGAAAAAGAGCAACACGGAGACCUGUGCAGACCAGGGGAACACGUAACAUCGAGGUUUAAAAAUGAAGUGGAGCGGAUGGGUUUUGAUAUGAUCAAUGCCUGGAGGAUUUCCAACAUCAAUGAGAAGUACAAGCUGUGCGGUAGCUAUCCACAGGAACUCAUCGUGCCUGCCUGGAUCACGGACAAAGAACUGGAAAGUGUAGCAGGCUUCAGGUCCUGGAAGCGCAUCCCUGCCGUCAUUUACAGGCACCAGAGCAAUGGAGCCGUCAUUGCCCGCUGUGGGCAGCCGGAGGUCAGCUGGUGGGGCUGGCGAAAUGCUGACGAUGAGCACCUGGUGCAGUCAGUAGCCAAAGCUUGUGCCUCCAACUCCCGAUCGAGCGGCAGCAAGCUGACAACGAGGAGCGGUGCUCGGGACUUCCCCAACGCAGGAGACCUCUCCGAUGCGGAGUUCGAUUCUUCUCUGUCUCAUGCCUCAGGAGCAGAGAGCCUCGCCAUCCAGCCGCAGAAGCUCCUGAUCUUGGAUGCGCGUUCCUAUGCUGCGGCGGUUGCAAACAGAGCCAAGGGAGGAGGCUGUGAGUGCCCAGAGUAUUACCCCAACUGUGAAGUUGUGUUUAUGGGGAUGGCAAAUAUUCACUCCAUUCGGAGGAGUUUCCAGUCUCUGCGGCUGCUGUGCACACAGAUGCCAGAUCCGGGAAAUUGGCUCUCAGCUCUUGAAAGCACAAAGUGGCUCCAUCACCUGUCUGUGCUUUUGAAGUCGGCGCUUCUGGUAGUGCAUGCUGUGGAUCGAGAUCAGCGGCCAGUGCUGGUGCACUGCUCAGAUGGCUGGGACCGCACCCCCCAGAUCGUGGCAUUGGCUAAGCUCUUGCUGGACCCUUACUACCGAACCAUAGAGGGGUUCCAGGUCCUUGUGGAGAUGGAGUGGCUAGAUUUUGGUCACAAGUUCGCUGAUCGGUGUGGUCAUGGGGAGAACUCAGAUGAUCUAAACGAGCGAUGUCCAGUGUUUCUGCAGUGGCUUGACUGUGUUCAUCAGCUUCAGAGGCAAUUUCCUUGCUCUUUUGAGUUCAAUGAAGCAUUCCUUGUGAAACUGGUGCAGCAUACCUAUUCCUGCCUCUUUGGGACAUUCCUGUGCAACAACGCCAAGGAGAGAGGGGAGAAGCACACUCAGGAACGGACGUGCUCUGUGUGGUCGCUGCUUCGGGCAGGCAACAAGGCUUUCAAAAACCUCCUGUAUUCCUCUCAGUCAGAAGCCGUGCUGUUCCCUGUGUGCCACGUGCGGAACCUGAUGCUGUGGAGUGCAGUGUACCUGCCCUGCCCAUCCCCGUCCACCCCCGUGGAUGACAGCUGUGCCCCGUACCCAGCCCCGGGCAGCAGCCCUGAUGACCCGCUCCUGAGCCGGCUACCAAAGACCAGGUCAUUUGACAAUCUGACCACAGCCUGCGACAACACGGUGCCUCUCGCCAGCCGGCGCAGCAGCGACCCCAGCCUGAAUGAGAAGUGGCAGGAGCACCAGCACAGGCGCUCCCUCGAGCUAAGCAGCCUGGCUGGGCCUGGGGAGGAGCCCCUGGACCCCGACAGCCUGGGCAAGCCAGCCAGAGUGCUGGGCGGCGCAGAGCUCUCUGUGGCGGCGGGAGUGGCCGAGGGGCAGAUGGAGAACAUUCUGCAAGAGGCCACCAAAGAGGAGAGUGGGGCAGAGGAGACUGUCCCGAGGGGGAGUACCCUGAUGCAGGAGGGCACAGAGGAGGCUCCCUUAGGACAAGACAGCAGGGGGAAGGCCCCUGAGGACUCAGCCGUGGUGCUUCAUCAAGCAUCACCUCUGGAUCCUGCUGUGCUGAGGAGCCCUCCAGGCACCAGCCUUCCGCUCUCCGCACAGGGUGCUCCUGCCCCGCAGGGCGGGCACAGUGUUCUUCCCGGCGCUCUCCAGGAGCCCCCCGUGGGAGGGGAAGUCCAGGAGCCCCCCGUGGGAGGGGAUGUCCAGGAGCCCCCCGCGGAGCAGCCUCAAAUAGCUAUCGCAGAGGACAGGGAGGAAGCAAUGACUACAAUCCCAGUUGCCGCAAACACUGGUUAUGGUACCUCACAGUCAAGUCCUCCGCUGCUCUCCCAAGUCCCAUUUGAGGCCAGAGGACCAAGCAUGGACAGGCCUUUGGACGUGUUAAGGGAAGAUAAAGUGAAGUCAGACAGUGGGUCUCAUCACAGACCUUGCCCGGUAAACAGCGACAGGCUUAGCGGCAAGGACAUGUUUCCUGCAGCCGAGGAGCACAGGCCCCCAGAGAAGAGCCUGGCCGAGAGGCCCCCAGUGGGAUCUGGGAUGCAUAGGACUUCCCCUGGCAGCACCCACAGCCCAGCACGUCCCCCUUGUGCCUUGCCUGUAGCUGAAUGUAAAGAGGGGCUAGUGUGUAACGGUAUCCCAGAGACUGAAAACAAGGCCUCUGAGCAGCCCCCAGGGCUUAGCAUCCUCCAGGAGUAUCCCACCCCCAACGGGCACUACGCCAAUGGGGAGGCUGGUCGGAUCAAGGACUCCCUGAGCUGCCAGCUCUCUGCUAUAAGCUGCAGCUCUGCCCACUUACACUCGAGGAACUUGCACUACAAGUGGCUACACAGCCAGACAGGGAGGCCAUCUGCAACCGGAAGCCCUGACCAGCCUUCUCGCAGCCACCUGGAUGACGACGGCAUGCCUGUGUACACAGACACUAUCCAACAGCGCCUGCGUCAGAUUGAAUCGGGCCACCAACAGGAAGUGGAGACCUUGAAGAAACAAGUCCAAGAGCUGAGGAGUCGCCUGGAGAGCCAGUAUCUGACCAGCUCUCUACGCUUCAACGGGGACUUUGGGGAUGAAGUGACUUCAAUCCCCGACUCGGAAAGCAAUCUGGAUCAGAACUCUUUGUCUCGCUGCAGCACAGAGAUUUUCUCUGAAGCCAGCUGGGAGCAGGUGGAUAAACAGGACACAGAGAUGACCCGUUGGCUCCCUGACCACCUGGCUGCCCACUGCUAUGCCUGUGACAGCGCCUUCUGGCUCGCCAGCAGGAAACACCACUGCAGGAAUUGUGGGAAUGUAUUCUGCUCCAGUUGUUGUAAUCAGAAGGUUCCAGUUCCCAGCCAGCAGCUCUUUGAACCCAGUCGAGUAUGCAAGUCUUGCUAUAGCAGCCUACAUCCCACGAGCUCCAGCAUUGACCUUGAACUGGAUAAGCCCAUUGCUGCCACUUCAAACUGA